GCAGGUUUGUACUACUAAGCAGAAGUUACCGCGCUGCAUCUCAUACUGCCCUGAUUCAAAACCCAUAACAUGUGAUCGUUCCAGGUCCGACAUUUCGGUUCCUUUGAGCAUUCCUCUGCAAAGGACAUCCUGCAACGACUUGCAUAACACCGCACAGCAGCCGAUACCAACAUCAAGAAUUCACCUCAUCAAUCCAUCCAAAUACCUGACAGAUCUCCACCUCUGCUGAUCAAACAGCCACUAUGGCUUCCUACAAAUCCACCUUCAACAACUCACCACGUUCAUCACCAUUUCGACGUCCUGCCUCGCCCAACUCUCCCACCAUAUCCGGCGGGCGACCAGCCACGCCACCAACCAACAGAAGCGGCGCCUCUCCAAUGACGUCCCCAUCUAAACUCAAGCAUGCAUACACGGUAUCUGAGGAGGAGGAAGACGAGGUCGAAGAAGAGGAAGACCUCGUCUUAGUGUCCACACCAUCGAAAUCCAAGACUUCUUCUUCUUCUUCAGAGCCCUUAUUCAAGAGAGCCCAAACGGAACCACCGCCAUCAUCGUCGUCGCCAACAACACAACGCAAUUUACACUCCUCCUCAGGCAAGUAUGAUGGCAUGGGCCGCAGUGGUGGUGGUCUUUUCUCCUCAACCCACGAGCCACGCAGACAAGUGUCCAACUCGGGCCUGUCUCAGAACGACAACUUAUCUAAGCUACCGCCCCAACUCCUCCACAACAUGAGGGAGGCAUUCUCCGUGCUCGAUGCAAAUUCGACCGGCACCAUCGACGCCGCCUCCGUGGCCGAGACUCUCCAAUCUCUCGGUCUGCACGAGACCAAUUUGGCGCAAUUUUUCCCGGCCGGCCAGCCUCAGCAGCUGUCCCUUCCACAAUAUCUCAGUCAACUCGCCAAUCUCCUGGCCGGCCUGUCACCGCAACAGGAAUUGCUGAAUGCCUUUUCGGCCUUUGACGAUGACGACAGUGGCCAGAUAGACGUGGCCGAGCUGCGCACCGCCCUGCUUAACACCGCUCCAGACCCUGGCGAGCGGCCUCUGACCCAGAAGGACAUUGAUCGUGCCAUGGAGGGGUUCACUGGGAGGAGGAUUCUGGGUAAAAAUGUCAUUGGAAUCGCGGGUGUGCGGGGGCUCAACACGCCCGCUCCUAAGAGGGGUGGCGACGUAUUUCGCUAUAACGAGUUUGUGGCCAACUUGAAUGGUGGGCCUAUGACAGAUGCUGCACAAGGCCAGAGUGUCCCGGCACGUUAGUGAUGAGUAUGGGUUAUCAAUGUCGAUGGCGUUUUGGGGAGUUGGUCGGGGGGUACAGCCUUCUUUUUAUACAAUUCUGAUAAGAUUGCCCAUGAUGUACAAUGUCACAGCUUCUACACAGACAUCUCAACAUCAAGGUCCAUAGCGGACAAAUUCAUUGCCCGACUACUUGAAUAAUAAACCCUUCAAGUCUGGCAGUCAUUCAGGCAUAAGAAUGGC